GUAUUCCUUUCGAUCCGAUAUCACUCUGCAUAUACACUUCGCUGCGGCUCGCAUAGACUUCUUCUCUGCUUGCUCCGCAUGCUGUAAGCCUUACGUUCGGGAGCGAUCUACCACAUCCCAUUUUAGGACAACUCCUCGCGCAUCCUCGCCACCCAGCUCGACCUCUUCUGUCUCACGCUACCCAGACCAUGCCAAUUCGCAGAUCGAGACGAUAGCAUUCAGUGCUAGCAGAGUGUGAGACCGGCCGCAGCUCAUCAUGGGCAAGCUGAUCAAGAACCAUUGGGCUCGUCUCAUCUGCUUGACUGCCGCAAUAUACCAGAUUGCCGCUGCAAUAGAAGGCUUCUUCUGGCCGAAGUUCUUCUUCGACUUCUUGACGAAAAACUUUGAUCAUGCCGUCAAGCCGAUACCUAUACUACAAACCAUCAACCUCGUCGUGGGGAUCAUAACUCUGGCCUACGAAUGGCCGCUCAAAUUCGUCGCUGGCACGGCGAUCCAUCAAUCUAUGGAGGUCCGACUGAUGUGGCUACCGCUGGCGAGUCUGAGUAGUCUUCUACUCUAUCAAGCGACGAAUCCAGCUUUAUAUUACUUCAUUGCGAUUAUUGUAUAUUUCUGGGCCUACAGUGAAGGCGAGGUCAUAUGUGCCGUUCCAUGGACGUUACCACGGAAGAUCGAUCGGAGACGACAGGAGAAGGCAUGAUUUGAUGACCCAUGAUACCUAUUUGAUUUGCAUAGCGGAGGACAAUGGAGUUCGAUACCAAGACCAGGCACAGAAGCCGGCAGAAGAGGAUCUCUCUGUUUCGCGCACAGCCGCGCCAUUUCGUGUACAUAGGCGUGCAACGACAGAGCAUAAUGCUUGCUCACAUGAUUACCAUCACAAUGCGUACCCACAUCCUGC